UCCCAAUCCAAUCAAUCAAAAUCCCCAUUUGUUUCCCUAAGCUAAACAUCUUUCCUAAACUCCCUCUCUCUCUCUCCAAAAACCAUGUACAUUAGCCCUCCAACUCCCUCUCUCUCUCCUCCCCCAUGGGUACCAGCCCCUCCCUCCGACUACCCUCCCCCACCACCAACACCAAAACCAGCGCCACCUCUCUCUCCUCCUUCCUACCCCAUCUCCCCACCACCACCUAGCCCAGCACUCCCUCCUCCUUAUUACCCACCCUAUCGCCCCGUCUCACCACCAACUCCUUACUACCCUCCCUCUCCGUCACCUCCGGCCCCCUAUCAGCCCCCACCUCCACCACCAGGUGGGGACUCCUCCACUAUCAUAAUAGUGGUCUUUGUUUCAUUAGGGGGCCUCUUCUUCUUGGCCCUUCUCUCUCUAGCUCUCUUUUGCUGCUUGAAAAAGAAGAAGAAGAGAGAGACCGAGGAAGAUAUAGUGUGUGUGGAGGACCACUUGAAGGUUCAAGAAGCCAUUGUUAAGGGGCCUCAUGGCGAGGAGGCCGUGAUCCUUACCGUCGACGAGGACGUGAAGUUCGCCGAGGAGAGAGUGGUAGAGAGAGGAGAGGGGAUGAGAGAGAGAGAGAGCCAGAUUGUUGAAGGGAUGAGAGAGAAGGCAGCUGUGGAGAUGAGAGAGGAAGGGAUUGUUGGUGAAGGGUCUGAGUGCUACCCUCGCCAUGCACCCGCACCCCACUAAGGCCUAAGGUUUUGGGUUUUGCAUGGCCAAUAAAAUAAUUGUCACAACUGCCCCUGUUGAUUUGUUCCGAUAUCGGAGUAGCUCCCAGAUGAAUGGAACUGUGGGCCAAAGCUAGGAGCUGGGAAAUGGGGCACUCUUUUCAUUUACAUGGGUACUUUUGAUAUUUUGGGAUGCUUCAGGGGGAAAUUGGUAUGUAUUGUUGGCAUGCAUGGUGUAAGUGGCUUGAAUAAAAGACCUUCCAUGUUUCUCUUUUUAUGAUGA